AUGCUAGUCGGUAUCUUACUUCUCUUGAAUGCCGUUGGCUCACUUCAAUCCGAUCCGAAGAUCGAGAAGCACCCGCCGAUCCCGCUCGAGAUCAAGGAUUUUUGCCUGUUGGCCGUCAGCCUGUUCACCUUCGCCGCGCUGAUCCUCGCCCGCUACCUCACGGCCGCCUACAAUAAUGCCCUCGAAACGCAAAUAAACGAGCUGGAGAAGCGGCUCUACGAGCGGAUUCCAUUUGAAGCUGACCAGGAUCCGUUCGGCGCGGACGGCCUUGCUGAAGAUGUGGCUCGAGAUAGUGCAGAAAAGAACGAUCAAGAGAACAAUGCCGGUUAUUCGGAACAAAUCAUGCGCAAAUGGGGCCGAUCCAACCCGAACGAGAAGAAGAGCGACAGCAAUUCGAAGAAAAGCGUCUCAACUGCCAGCAAAGACAAGCGGGCCAAGAUUGUGGAAAACGACGACAAUAAGGGGAGCAAGCAAGAGGAAAAGAAGGAGGAAACACCGAGGCAAAACCAUAGUGUAGAGAAGAAGGCACAGACCCCGGAAACACCGGCUGCCAAUUCCGGAAGUAGUGAGAAUGACAAAAAUGUGCCACGGAAACGACGGCUCGGCAACAAUUUGGCGCUGCUGGCUGAGCAGGAACGAAUGGUUGAUGAAAUUCCGAGCGAAAGUCUAAAAGAAAGAAGGACGCCUAAACGACUACCUCGAUCUUCAAACGAAAUAUUGACU